GACGUCAUUCUUGAAACCGUUGCCCAGGAAUUCUGGAGCAGCAUUUUGAAUUAAGUACAUAACACAGAAAUAAGGCCAGUGUGACAGCUUUUUCUAGUUUUUCUUUCUCCGCCUUUGUUAGACCCACCCCCCCUAAAGCUACUUGCCGCUGCCGCAGUGAAAUUGGGUGCGUCUGCGCAGUGACGUUCUUUUUUGUUAGCAGUUCCUGAAGGCUCUUCUUACCAUGGCCGAGUCUGAGCUUGAUUUCGGUCAAGGAGAUUCAGGGGCAUCUACGACUUACCCAAUGCAGUGCUCUGCUUUACGUAAAAAUGGUUAUGUGUUGCUGAAGGGACGUCCUUGCAAGAUUGUUGAUAUGUCAACUUCCAAGACUGGGAAGCACGGUCAUGCCAAGGUCCAUCUGGUUGGCAUUGACAUCUUCAGUGGCAAGAAGUAUGAAGAUAUCUGCCCCUCUACCCAUAAUAUGGAUGUUCCCAACAUUGAUAGACGUGACUACCAGGUGAUUGGUGUAUCUGAUAGAUUCAUGUCUUUGAUGGAUGAUGAUGGGUCUGUGCGUGAGGACCUGAAACUUCCAGAGAAUGACCUUGGUAAUGAAAUUGAGUGUAAAUUUGAUGGUGGUGAAGACAUCAUGGUUUCAGUCAUCCGUGCCAUGGGGGAGGAGGUUGCAGUUGCCCUCAAGCCCAUGACUAAAUAAGGAAUACUUUAUUAAAGUUGUCUGCUCUGGUCCAAAUCAGAUGUGUUGGUUUGGCUCGUCACCAAAGCUAUGGCCUUCAAAAACCUCAUUUUCUGAACAGUGCUCUAUUCAGACAGCAGUCAUACGGGCUAAUUGGUAUAAUGCAAUCACUGUGGUUUUUAAUUCUGGGUAUGAAUUGUUCACUUUGCCAUAAACAUUCCUGUUGGAAAAUGGGUCCAAAAACCCAACCAGGUUUAGAAGGGUAUGUUUACCCAGAUAUAAAUCUGUGACAAGCUAGGUUUGUGCCCCCUGGUAGGGGAAGUAUAGUAUUCAAAAAAAAUCCAAGUGUACCAGUAAUUGCCCACCACAAAGUCUUUAGGCACUUUGGUGAAAUUAAAUGUAAUUGAUUACCAUUCUGGCUUGUUGGCUUACUGCAGAAUGUCUUGACAGCCCUCUGGAACAGACUUGUGUCAGCUUGUUGGAUUUCUUAGUAUGUAUUUUAAACCUUGUAGGAGCCUUCUUUGGGCAGGUAUUCAAAAUGUUGGGAGUCCAUAGCAAGUUAACAGAAGGAAACGAGAGUAAUGCUGCAGACUUCAUUGGGAUACCUUUGUCAUCAGAUAUGGAAAAACAGUUCAAAUACUUAAUAUUAAAGUUAGUAAAACUCCCAUAUGUGUGCUAAUUUGUUCUUUGAGUCUCUUUGGCAAGUGGACAUCUUUAUCUCUACAUGUAGUAAAACUGACGUGAUUGUAAUCUGGUUAGGUUUGUUCCCUGAUGUCUUAAGGGUGUUCAGAAUGACUGCAGUAAAGAUUUUCCCACAAGUGCUUUGCAGAAAUGUUUGUGACAUUUACUUCACUUUUCUGGCCGAUUUUCUUCCAGUACAGCACUCUGCCUUGCUUUUUCAGCAGCUUUGGAUUGUCUGCUUUAGGCACUUAAUGCAGUUUCCGAGAUGAUUUAACAAGUAUUUGCUUCCUCCCCAGUUUGCUUGGGAGCCAGUGUAGAGUGCAGCUGUUAUUGAAUUGAUAAAAUCCAGAAAAGUUAAAUCUUUGUGCAACCAGCAUGAUCUAAUUGGUAGAGAAGUGGAGUGCACAUACUGGUACAGAAAUCGGGCUGUUGUAUACUUGACAAAGUUGGUCUGAUUUUUAAUUAUGAAGACACUAGCAUAUGUUUAAGGCAUUUAAGCAUAUAUUUAAUGCCAAUAAGCUGCCAACUUGAAGUUCAUUGUAAAUGAGCUCUGCCCUUACAGCUGGGAAUGCUUGUUUGAUAGCCUUGCAGAACUGGUCUUCCUAUGCUUGCUUGUAAUUCAGCAGUUAUAGCCAUUGUGAAGGGCUGAAGGAGACUUGAAGGAAAAUGCUAACAAGCUGUAUUGGCUUACACUGCUUGGUUUUGCCUGUUAAUACCAGAUAUUGAUUCUUGUAUCUUUUACUAGUAGUCAUAAUGUACUACUUGAAACAGCUUAUCCGUACAUGUAAUGCAGUGAGGGAAUACUGAGUAAACUCUUGGCUGGGUUAGAUUGCACAUAUUGAAGUAUGUUAGUCUUAAAAUUGGUCAUGUUAAAAUAAGAAUGUUAAUAUUCUGUAGUUUUCUUUGAAAUGUAACUGCACAAGUUAUGUAGUCUGCUUGUGUAAAUUAAGCUCUGGCAUGCCAUAACAGCCCAAGGGCUUCUAGUCAGUUUGUAUUUUUGAGUGGUCUGUCACUAAGGUUCUCCAAAUGUUUGAGUUGAAUGAGUCCCCACAAGCAUUCUCUGCAAAUGCAAACUGAAAUGUGAAUUCUUAUGACAUUUAAGCAGUGGCUGGGCUGGUAUUUUGUACGUCUUCCCUAUUAAAUAUACUGCACUUCUGACAGUUUCAAGAUGGAAGUAGCACCAAAUUAAAAUCUUGGAUUCCUAAAGAAACAUACUUUGGCAGGAGUUGAGCCCUGCAUGUGGUAUUUUCCCCAGACUCCCCUGCAUGUGGUAUUUUCCCCAGACUCCCCUGCAUGUGGUAUUUUCCCCAGACUCCCCUGCAUGUGGUAUUUUCCCCAGACUCCCCUGCAUGUGGUAUUUUCCCCAGACUCCCCUGCAUGUGGUAUUUUCCCCAGACUCCCCUGCAUGUGGUAUUUUCCCCAGACUCCCCUGCAUGUGGUAUUUUCCCCAGACUCCCCUGCAUGUGGUAUUUUCCCCAGACUCCCCUGCAUGUGGUAUUUUCCCCAGACUCCCCUGCAUGUGGUAUUUUCCCCAGACUCCCCUGCAUGUGUUGGAGUGCAGCCUUAUGUGCAGAAAGCUAGUAUUUUCCCCUUUCCCAGGGGGGAUUAUUCAACCUUUGAAUGCAUUGUGGGGAUGGUGUCUCCAGGGCGGUAAGGUAAGUUAAAAAUAUUUUCUUUUCCAUUGCGUUUCAGUGCCUUUAUGUACUUCGGAUUUUGCUUGAGUUCGUAUGUUUUAGUUCAGUUGUAAUUUAGGAAAUUAACAUUUUCCUAGUAUAACUUUGGCUUGGCUUUCUACCUUGGACUGUGUCAUAGGAUAUGUGUUUACUUAACAGGCUCUUGCGCUUGAAGGGUCAGGCUCAAAGAACAUUUUGAAAUUAAAACAUGGGAUGAGGAGGCUAUAUUGUAACUAGUGUGUUCAGAAAUUCUUUCUUGGGGGGGGGGGGGGGGCUGGCUGUGAUAUUGAGUCCUAGUCUUAACAGUCUAUGCAGAAACUGCAGUGGAAUGUCUUGGUUAGACAGACACAGCUUGAAGACUAAUCGUAACCAGUCCUUAAGACUGUACAAGUGUCUGAAAAAGGUUAGUGCAGUGGUCUUUAAUUGGUUUUUAUUUCAUCCAGAAAUGAAAUUGGGUAUCCCAUGACAUUGAUGUGCUCUCAAAGGCUUGUUGGUAGGCUUUCAAGGUCCAUGUAUGGAUUGGGGUGGUGUAUGCAAGAACAAAUUCUAGGAAUAGUGAAAUUUUAAAUGGCAUGAGGUUACCAAAUCAGUGUUUAAACAUGCUUUCUCCCUAAAAAAGUCCAGUAGUUCAAAUGAAGCACUAAUUUGUACAGAAUUUCAUGUUUGGUUUCAGUAAGCAUGCCGUACUAUAACUCUAGAUUUAAAUAGUAUUCGAUCUGUAUGAAUUUGGGAUGGUGUCCAUUUGCACUUUUGUAUAUAAUUUGACUGUUGUACCAGUUUCAUAUUGGAUUUUGAAAUUGAAAAAUCAGUGUAUGAAAUUGCCAUGUUUCCUUUGGCUUAAGUUUGAAACAGUUGUAAUAAGUCAGCUUUUGUUGUGCUGGCAGUUAAACCAUCAGCACUGAUGAAUUGAAUGCUGAGUGUGCUUUGUAAUUUGACUCUUAAAAGCUACACAUCCUGCACUGCAUGCCCAGUAUAGAAAGAAGGAAAGACUGGGCGAAAACUGAAAAUAAAUGCAUUCAGAUUA